AUGGCAGAGAUCCAAACUCAAGCUGAGAAUGCUGCGAAAUCAUCCACCCCAGUCGAAAUAUACGGCUACGAGUCGCGCGAACCCUCAAUCGCUGAACGACCAAAAGUCUUCCGCCGCUUUUCAAGAGCUCUAGAGAAUGCCACAGAUGACUUCUCAGCCGAUCCACUUGUCAUCAGGAACAAGCGCACUUCUGCCCUCUUUUUUGAUGACAGUGUCCCUAUUGUUCGUCCCCGGACUACUGGUGGUCCCGGCCAUCGCCCUCGGCCCGUUUCUAUGGCUUCUUUCCAGCCUCCUUUUGUUCCUUCCAUUUCACCUGCUCCUGAGAAGAACUUUAGUCGCCACUUUACAAGGCCCUUCUCUGUCUUUGGCCGCAAGUCUUCUGCGUCGGCUUCUACCUUGCCGCCUAACUUGAUUAGCUCGACUAAUCAGUAUGAGGGUCAAGGUAAUUUCAUUUAA